AUGGACAAGUCUACUAUACUAACACUUGGAGAGUGCAUCAAGGAAAUGGAUCUUAGAGUGAGACGGGGUAUGUCGUUUGAAGAAUUUGAACAACUAGUCACUUAUUGUCCUAAUGUUGAAUCGAUCCAUGUUAGUACUUGGCUAUAUCGAAACUGCAUAUCAACGUACUUACUUGAAAUUGAUGAUGAUAUCAAAUGGAGCCUUCGUCACAUCAUUGCUAAUGAUCCCAAUAAUCCUUAUCUUGAAUUAUACUUGAAGUAUAAAGAUUCUAUAGUCUCCAUGAAUGCUCCAUCAGACGUAAAAGACUUGCAAUUCUUGGCGUCGUUUCCAUUACUCCAAACCUUUAGACUUCCUCGAUAUCGGAUCAUCAAAUCUAUGCAGGAAUUUAUGUUCAUAUUUGAUACAUGUCCCAAGUUAACCUAUGUGCGUAUACAAGCUAUUACAGAAGACGCUUCCUGUCUGAUAACAAAUCAAGGUAUCUAUCCUUCCUUAACCGCCUUAAAAACGAAGAUCACGUUCUCGAGUAUGACAAGAUCGAUGACCGACUAUAUUUCAACUCGAUUUAUAAACCUUUCAUCGGUUACUCUUGAUAUAAACCAAACGGACUCUCCAUCGUUUGAAGAAAACUACAUUCGCCUAGUGAAUGCUCUUAUGACACCAUAUAAGCGUCGGCUUUCUUUUACAUUGGCUCUAACAGACUGUCAUAGGCCAGACGAUGAGAACGCUCAAAUAAAGUUCACUCGUAUGCUUGCUAAGUGCGCGAUUGAAGCAUUCAAACUAAAGCCAAGAGCGUUUAACUUAAUUGAAGUCACUAAAGUAGAGCGUGAACCAGGUAUACGUAUUUGUGUGGACAAAGAGUUACACUGUAUGCUUUUUACUUGGGCACCAUUUUCUUGUUUGAUCAAGCAAGAUGCUCUGUCUGGAGGAGCCAUCUCUCGUCAUCUCCAUAAACUGAAAAUAGAGAGCUCACGGUUUACCAUGGAUCUGUCCAGGGAUGAUUGUCUGUCUAUCGGAGCGUGCAUCCAGAUUCAGGAGUUAGCUUUUCGUCGCGUUGUGUUUCGGUCUGCUCAAAACUGGCAUCACAAUUCGCUCCAGACCCUAUCGCGUUCCGUUGUUUUCGUUGACAGCAGCUUUUUUCCAACAUUAGGACGCGUUUUCCCUAAACUAAAAAUACUCAAAUUAGGUAUGGGUUCUAUUAAGGCCGAUGGUAAUGAGGGAGUUAUUGACAUGCAAGGUCUGAAGUUGCAAAGACUCAACUUGGCUAUACGACCUAGAGGUUACUCAGGAACAAUAUGGUUGGUAGUCGUGAAGACUCAUAAAGAAUAUGUAUACAUCAAAAUACACAAAUGCAGGAAGUUUAAAGUGCUCACUUAUGAAAAAGCUAUGGAACAAGAAAGACGUACACAAUUUAAUGAGCGUUACCAUAUCUAUUGUUAUGAUAUUAAAGAGCUCGCUCUCCAUGAUAAGAAAAUAACACUUCAUCCUAACAGUACUAGCUCCGAUGCUGCGUAAAUGAUGCUUUUAAUGAUGAAAGCCACACCACCC